AUGUUGCCCGUAUUCUUGGUUUCCCAGUUGGAAAACCAAAAACUGACUGAGGAAGGCAGCCCUUUUGUUUUGGUCACGACUCUGGUCGCCUUUGUCAGUUUGCAUCUCGAGACACGACAUUCAGUCAGCGGACACCCAAUUCUGUUCCAUUGGACAUCAGAAGACAACCGUCGCUCGUACUCGCUUUUCGCAGUCCUCAACAUCGACAUGCCGGCUCACAGGUACACGAUCGACGAGCUUAUGGCCAUCCGAGGCGUCCCGGUGCCGGUGCCUGCUCGCAUGUCGGCUCUGGCCAACAAUCCCGAGCUUGCCGACGUGGUCCGCGAGUCUGGAAGCGAGUCAUCGUCAGGCUACAAGCCUACGACUGGCAAGAAUCGGGACGACUCAUCCACCGCCUCUGAUGAGCUCCUUUUCAAAGGCAACAUCAGUCGCCGAGCAUUGCGCGAUGCUACUCGUGGCUCAGCUCGAGGAUCGGGCCAUGAGUCCAACUUUUUCCCCAUGAGAGAGCCUCUCCGCCAGACAGUGCCCCAGCCUGCACUUCCUGGACAGUCUGCUCGUGAGAACGCCCGAACUGCCACUCCCUUGGGAGCUCCCAUGACUGCCCCCGAUUCUGCCUCCACAGUUGCUCGGGAAACAGCCCACGACCAGCAGCGCCCAACUGAGUGGAGAAUCCACGGUCGAAGUGACUCGGAUGCCAACAUCCCCGAGCCUAUUCCGGCACCUGCUGGUGACAUUGCCCAGAGGAGCGAGGGUUUCAAGCGCUUCUACAAGGCUGUCGUGUCUCCCACCCACGUCCGUGUUACAGCUGGUGGCCGUAUCGUCCCCAAUACUCGAGGGCCGCCCUCUCCGACAAACAAGCGAGCGACUGAUCACGCCGCCACCAUCGAAAACAUGGGCUUGAGCGACAAGAACGCCCAAGGGAAAUUGCCGACUAACCAGCUUCCCAUGGGGCAGCCGAUUCCUAUCGUGCCGCAGUUUCUCCCUGGCUAUCCUCCUGGCUUUCAGCCGAUGCAACCUCCCAUGUCCUUUGUCCCGAUGGCAUUCAGUUCGCACAUGCCCCAAGGCUUUCAAUUCGCUCAACCCCCGGUCCCGCCGGCUGCUAUGGCUCCUGCAGCCUCAGGAAGCGCCUCGACUUCCAAGGACAAUGCCGACCUCAAGGCCUUCGAUUCCCAGAGCGCCAGUCACCUACUGGGCGACAAGCAGGACAAGCCAAAGAUAUCGCCUCCAGAGUGGUUUGACUACACAAAGCCCUACUUCUACAACGGUCAGAUCAUCUACCCCGUUGGGAACAUGUCUACAUCGCUUGCCAGCCCCAUGGGUGGUCCCAUGAUGCCUAUGCAGAUGGUCAGCGUUCCUCAAGGCGCUCCAUCUCAGCUGCAGGCCCCCAUGAUGCAUCCUGCCUUGCCCCAUGGGGGAAGCCAGAUGAUGGCCGGAUCUUCGUUUUCACCGCCCAGCCACGGCCCGCAUCAAAUCCACGGAGGCGCUCAUCCCAUCAUACCAGCCAACUUGAACUUUGCGGCGCCAAAUAUGGCUCCUCCCCCAUCGUCGAUUAGGCGCAGCGAGAUUACGAGAAAGCAGAUCGCCGGUUUCAAGCACGCCCUCAAGUACCACGAGGAUCAAUUGCAGUAUAAUCGUCAUCAGAUCGAUGAGAGGGAGAUGGAGAUGAAGGCCCAGCAGUACCGAGACCACAUUGCUCACUUUGAGGCGGUUCUCAAGCAGCAGCUUGAGGCUGAGGCUGAGACCCUGGACCACAAGAAGCCAGAAGUUGGCCGAAACGAUCUUGCUCAGCAGAAAGCCGAGGGAAGCGUCUCUGGCGACACGGGAGUCCAGCAAAGCCAGCAUGAGUCGGAAGACGCUGUUCGACGAAGGGCCGCAAGCGGCCGCCAGGGUAUCAAUAUAAAUAUCGGCGAUGGUGGCAAUGCAGUCUUUCAGCGCCCCAUUGCUGCGAACCGGUCCUAUGGCGAACCUUCCAGACAGACAGGAAUCCCCAGUGAAGCCGUCCUGGCUCCCGCUUUUGAACCCGGCGGCAGAACAUUGCACGAGAUCGCGAACGAGUCCAAUGAGCGACUCAAGUCGGAAGGAGUUUGGAAAUAUGGCCCUGGUAUUCAGAACAUACCAAGCCGGGGUGUCAGCCGGCCUUUCAAUCCGUCGCUGUCGCAUCAGUCUGACCGCGCCGAGGGAAGCUCGAGUUCUGCCAGUGUUUCGGGACAGGGCGGCUCGGCAGAGGCUUUUGGUACCUCCAGAUCUGCCAAGGGCAAGGGUGUUGACACAGGCGGUGGGAGCAGUGGCUAUUCCAGGUCGAGCUUUGGAGUGCCAUAUCUACUUGGGACUCUUCCCAAGGGUUUCGAUCCCCGCAAGGCUACUGAUCACGACUACAUUUACACUCGCCCUCUGAACGAGGAUGAGGUUCGCGCCCGCUACCUGUAUUGGGGAAAAGCACCCAAGUCUGCCAUGAGAGGGCUUCCCAAGUAUGACGGAAAGCACUUCUACCCCCCUUCUCCCAUCCAGGAACCCAGCAGCCCGGUCACGGCCCAUCGCAACCCCACCGCCCGUUCCGAUGCCGAGCACGCCUAUCGGCAGACCAAGUCUGACCAAGAUCCCUUUCGCCCUAUGACUCCGGUUCAUGAUUCGAUUUCCAAGCCAGCAGGGGCAAGCGAGGAUGGAUAUGCCAUGGGCAGGCUCACGCGCAACGUCUCUUUUGAGACUCAGGUCGACAGCAGUGGUCUUGAAGACGUGCCAGUGGGUGAUUCUAUUGAUGUUCCAGAGACGGGGACAAUCUUGCGGAACCGUGAGAAUAGCGCGGAUGCAGGCUCUAUUGGGUCGACUGACCGGCGCUCGGAGAGAUCUGGGUAUGGCCCCGUCCCCGGCCCCUCCUCCUCAUAUGGCUCUCUGCCUGACCCAUAUGCCCAUUUCUUUUCCAGUCCCCAAUAUCGCGUCUAUGGACACACUGACACAAUGAUGCAGCGCGAGACUCUGGCAGACCGUUUUGAAGAAGGGUCCGACGAUCAGCGCGGUUUCAUCCACUACGGCACAGGCAGUUCUGCCUCUUCACUAUUCGGGUCACGCAGCGGCUUCCCUAAGCCCUUCGAUUACUAA